CUCCAGUCGAUUCCAUUCCCGGUCAUGGCUGUGGACCGUCGCAAGGUCGCUGUAUUCAGCGCGGCCUUUAUUCUUCGCCUGGUUCUUGUUUGUCUCUUUCCUUCCCUGCCCGACUUGUUGACCGGCCGAGUUGAGGUUUCGACCCCGGUCAAUAGCUUCAAGCGACUGCAGGAAGGCUUGUUUCUCUACACUCGAAAUGUAUCGCCAUACGACGGUGGUGUCUUUCACCAGGCGCCACUCCUACUCCCUCUUUUCGCUCUUCUCCCCGAUGUGAAAGGCAAUCCGGUCCCUACUGCCGUCUUCUAUUUCCUCGUUGAUCUAGUUAAUGCGCACGCCCUGGCUACCAUCUCGGAAUCGGGACAGUCCGUUCAGAGCCGACUCCACUCGACCAUUCGGAAGCAUAUUCGGUGGGAUGGGGCUUCUGUUGCCGCUUGGUUCCUGUUCAACCCUUUCACGAUCGCAACAUGUCUGGCACGGUCAACGAGCGUGUUUACCACAACCGGAAUCCUUUUCGCAGUGUCAAAUGCUGUUAGUGGGAAUAGUGUCAAUGCGAUGCUGGCUCUUGGACUCGCGUCCUACCUAUCCCUUUACCCAGCCCUGUUAUUCAUCCCGCUAGUACUACUUUGCUACGAUCAACGGGCCCAGAAGCUACCCAACACUGUGAGUUUUAUCAUGCAGAAUGCCUCCAUACUUUUAAGCAGCAUUGCAGGACUACUGGGCUUGUCGUAUCUCAUCACCGGAAAUUUCUGGGAGUUCAUGUCUGCGACAUAUGGCUUCCACCUUCUGGUCCCGGACCUGACCCCCAAUGUGGGUCUCUGGUGGUACUUCUUCAUCGAGAUGUUCGACUCCUUCCGCGAAUUCUUCCUCGGUGUCUUUUGGCUUCAUCUGGCAAGUUACGUCGGAGGGCUCACCAUUCGGCUGCGGCGACAGCCUCUGUUUGUCAUUACCUCGCUUUUGGGCGUCUUUGCCAUCUUCAAGCCAUACCCCAGCAUCUCCGACGCGUCGCUGUACUUUGCGUUCCUACCUCUGUAUCGGCAUACCUUCCCCUUCAUGCGAUACACCUUCUUUGCCAUUUCGGCAAUUCUAUACGCCAGUCUUCUCGGUCCUGCAUUUUACCACCUAUGGAUCUACGCCGGGUCCGGUAACGCCAACUUCUUCUACGCCAUCACACUCGUCUGGAGUCUGGGCCUCUCAAUCCUGCUAGCCGACAGCAUCUUCGCCGUCCUUCGCGACGAGUGGGAACAAGACCAUCCAGAAGCCCGAGGCUCCGAGGUGAAACAAGUCUAA